AAGAAUGUGUGCGAUAAUAUUGUUGGAACAUUGUUGAAUGUUGAAGGGAAGACAAAAGAUACAGAUAAGGCUAGAUUGGAUUUGCAAGAUAUGAACAUUAGAAAAGAAUUGCAUUUAAAACCACAUGGUAAUGGAUUUUUGAAACCUCAUGCUUUUUACACAUUAACGUUAGGGGAAAAAAAUCUUUUGUAAGUUCUUGAAAUCUGUGAAGUUUCCUGAUGGAUAUGCAUUAAAUAUUUCUAAAUGUGUUCGAGAAAAUGAAGGCAAAAUUUUAGGUUUGAAAACUCACAAUUGUCAUGUGUUGUUGCAACAACUUCUUCCCAUUGUUAUUCGAAAAUUUUUGCGAAAGGAGGUUUGUACUGCAAUUGUAGAGCUUUGUUGUUUUUUUAAACAAAUAUGUUCAAGAACAUUGAAUAUAAAUGAUUUAGAGAAAUUGGAAGAAGGGACUGUUAUAAUUUUAUGUAAACUAGAACGAAUUUUCCCACCGGCAUUUUUUGAUGUAAUGGUUCAUUUAGCUGUUUACCUACCUGAAGAAGCAAAACUUGGAGGUCCCGUUGCAUUUAGAUGGAUGUAUCCAAUUGAAAGGUAAUUGAUAAUAUUUCUUGCAUAUAUACUUGUUCAUUGAAUUAUUGUUUUCAAAAACUUUUCAUGUAAUAUUUGAUGACAAAAUAUUAGGUCGAUAUAAGAGUUAUGUUAAGAAUAAAGCUCGACUCGAAGGAUCAAUUGCUGAAGCAUCUAUUGUUAACGAGUCUUUAAAUUUUUGCUCGAUGUAUCUCAAUAACAUUGAAACAAGAUUUAAUCAACCUGAGCGCAAUGACAAUGGUGGGACUACAUCUACAAGCUUGUCAGUCUUCUCUCAAAAUACUAGGCUAUUAGGUCAUGCAGAACCAAAGUUACUUUCAAAACAAGAAAUUGAUAGAGCGCAUUGGCAUGUCCUAAAUAAUUGUGAUGAAAUUCGACAAUAUUUAGAUGAGCACAUGGAGUUAUUGGAACAACAAAAUCAUGACAAUUUGGAAAAAAAACAAGAAGAAUUGUUUCCUGGAUGGUUUGCUUCACAUAUAACGAGAUUAUAUAAUAAAAAAGAUUCGGUUGUAUGCAAAGAAUUGUAUGCAUUAGCAUGUAAACCAGAUUUUAGAAUAUUUUCUUAUUCUGGUUGUAUUGUUAAUGGGGUAAGAUUCCUUGUUAAAGAUCAAGAUGAUUGCCGUACAACGCAAAAUAGUGGAGCAAUGGUUCCGAGAGAUGAUAACACCAACUUUUUUGGUAUACUGUGUGAUGUUAUUGAGUUGGUAUACGUUUUCGACUACCGCGUCACUUUGUUCCAGUGUAAUUGGUACGAUAAUAAUCCAAAGCAAAAAAGAACAAUCAUAGAUUACCAUCUUACUUCUAUCAAUGUGAAUCGUAAAUGGUACAUGGAUGAUUCCUAUAUACUUGGCAUCCAAGCACAACAAAUAUUUUAUAUGGAUGAUCUUUUGUUGGGUCCACAGUGGAAGGUAGUGGAAAAGGUACAACAUAGAGGCAUAUGGGACAUUCCAGAAAAAAAUGAUGGCAGUAGUGAGCAAGUAAUAUUUCAGGAAAAUGAAUCAUCAAAUAUUGUCUUGCCAAUACAGCAGGAAGAUCUUGGCACUCAAGUGUGCCAUAGAGGAGAUAUUGAUCUAGAUAUUAUUGAAAAUGAAGCAUUACAAAUAGAUGUGGAAACAAUAAAUAAAAAUAUGAAUAAUGUUAUAUAUGAUACUUCGGAAGAGGAAGAUGAUACAUUGAAUGAAUAUUACAGUGAAGAUGAGAAAUCUAUAGAUGGUAAAGAUGAUGACGGUGAUGGUGAUAGUGAUAUUGAUUCGAGUACUGAUGAUGUAUCAUCUGAGAGUUGA